UAAAAACUUAGAGUUGUCAGUUUGUUUAUACAACUCUUCAGAGGUGGAAGACACUUUGGAGAAACGGCAACAAGAAAAAGUCAACCAGCCAGCCAACGCAUAGCUACGAAAUGGGAUUUUUAAUAUUUGCUCUCAUCUUGUACAUCAUCUGGGAUGUUAACUACUUUAUACGUUGCGUCUUUACAGUAUUAGCCGGACGUUUAUUCCAAAGUAAACGGAAAGUUACUGACACUACAACAAUUUAUGGCCUUUGCACCUCCCAAGAUGUCGACAUAUUCAUUAGACACAUGAACAAUGCCCGCUACUUGCGCGAAUUAGAUUUUGCCCGUUUCCAUUUCUAUGCCCUUACCGGACUUUAUGAGAAGGUUAAGGAACGUCAUGGCGGUGCUGUCCAGGGUGCUUCCAGUGUACGUUAUCGUCGCACCAUACCCAUUUUCCAUCCCUAUAAAAUCCAAACCAAAUUGGUUUGGUGGGACGAUAAGGCCAUCUAUUUGGAACAACAAUUCAUUACCCUGACCGAUGGUUUUGUACGUGCCGUUGCCUUGUCCAAACAAUGCAUCACCAAUUGCAAUGUCAUGGAUAUAAUGAAGACCUAUCAGGAGGCCUCUAAACGCCCUGAAAUGCCCGAAGAUUUGAAAUUGUGGUUGGAGGCAAUUGAGGUGUCUAGUCAGAAAUUGCGCAAAGACAAAUAGGGAGUUGUGUUGUACUCGGUCUUGUAUAUAAUUUUAAUGUGAGCAGUAUGUGUUAAAGGUGUAUAUUUUUUUAUUAUUGUAUGUUGUAUUUUAAUUGUAAAUGACGACUUACAUAUUUUCUUUAGGUUGUAAUGUUUUUUUAAUAAAGAAUUAUUUUUUUAUAUAAAACGUAUAA